AUGGCAACCUCCACCACGUUUAAGCUCAACACUGGGGCUGAGAUACCCGCCCUGGGAUUUGGAACUUGGCAGGAUGCCGAUGCCCAAGAGCCUGCUGUCACCCACGCUUUGAAAGCUGGCUACAGACACAUUGAUACUGCGCGCAUCUAUGGUACCGAACCCGCUGUUGGAAGCGCCAUUAAGAAGUCUGGCAUUCCGCGCGACCAACUCUUCAUCACCACAAAACUCUGGAACAACAGUCACCACCCCGAUGAUGUGGAGAAGGCGCUGGAUGCUUCGUUGAAAGACCUGGGUCUUGACUACGUGGACCUCUAUCUUAUGCAUUGGCCAUCUCCAUUUGCACGCGGAGAUGAGUUGAUGCCGAAAGACAGUAACGGAAAAAUCAAAACCGGCGACACGGACUACGUUGAUACGUACAAGGCCAUGGAAAAGUGCUACCAGUCAGGAAAGGCAAAGGCCAUUGGCGUUUCGAACUUCAGCAAGGCGGAGCUGGAGCGGUUACUCAAGGAAACGACUGUGGUCCCUGCUGCCCAUCAGCUUGAGAUGCACCCAUGGCUGCAGCAGCGCAGCUUUGCCGAUAUUCACAAGCAGAAUGGCAUUCACCUAACGCAUUACAGCCCCUUUGGCAACCAGAACGAGAUUUAUGGUGACGGAAAGGGACUGGGCAAACUGAUGGAUGACCCUGUCCUUGUUGAAAUUGGAAAGAAGCAUGGAAAGACCGGGGCGCAGGCAGCGCUUGCCUGGGGCGUCACUCGCGGUCACUCCGUGAUCCCGAAGAGCAAGACGAACGCGCGCAUCGAACAGAACUUGCAAGGAGACUUCAAGCUUGACGAUGAGGACAUGAAGAAGAUCGAUGGCAUCGACAAGAAGCUCCGCUUCAACGAUUCAUCAGCGGACUUUGGGUGGAACUUGUUCGCGGACCUUGAUGGAAAGCAAUGAAGAUAAAGGCAGUGGUAGCUUAGGAUAAUUCAUGACGAUUUACGAU